CACAAAACAAAGUUCUAUAAAAUGAAGAACUGUUUUAAUUAUUAAGACGCUAGAAAGCAAGUAUAUCAACAUAUACUUAUACAUUAACUCGGGAGUAUAUAAUGGAAAACUCUUCCAUAUGUCUAAUUUUAGGGGGUGGGGGAAUUAUGAUUUAAACGGAGAUGCGCAGUGUUACACUUAGAGUUGUGAUGCGCUUUGACUUUUGAAAAGUGAAGACGUUGAAGACCGACUUUGAAAGAUAUUCUGUGGAUAUUACGGAGUUAACAGAAGACUGAGAUGGAGGAACAUGAAGAACAGGGCGGCAGUCGUCAGGUGUAGGCAAAUUAUUUAUAGACAGGACAGAGGACGCAGCUCAGAUGAAUCUCCGGAAAGAAGUGAACAUCGCAGAGAAUGUGGAACUGCACGAAGAGAACAUGAAAAUAGGCGACAGGGAACAAGCAGUAUUGUAUGGUGACCAGGAGCACGAGGCUUCAGUGCCGGAGUUCAAAGAUGGAAGAGAAUACAUUGAGUGGCUGGAUCGACAGCUUCCUUACCUAGAGACAUUUGAACCCGAUGAUAGAGUCCACUACUAUUUCUUUCGAAGUUGGAGCAAAGAGAUAUAUCACCCUGGAUUGGAAUCUUUAAAUGAAAAAGUGGAGGAAGAUGUAGAUCUAGAAGAUGAAUGUAUAGAAGAAACAAUGAAAAAAGAUGAAAAAUUCUGGGAAGAAGGUACCAAGCCAGAAUUUAAAGAUGGAAGAGAAUUUGUCCAGUGGCUUGGAAGAAAACUGCGGUAUCUGGAGCCAUUUGCCCCAGACGAUGCAGUGCAUUACUACUUCAGUAGAGAGUGGAGUAAGGUUCAAUUUCAACCCAAAUUAGAUCUCCUGGUUGAGGAAUGCAUGGAAGAGACCAUGGUGGAAGAGAGUAUUAACGAGGAAGAAAUGGAAGAGAUCGUUAAAGACAAAGAAGAGACCAGUAAAAAGGAGGGCAAGGAAGGGACCAGUAAAGAGGAUUGCAUGGAAGGGACAUUUAAUGUAGAAGGCAUAGAAGAGACGGAAGGCGUGGUAGAGACUCAGAGAAUAACACAGUAUGACCACGUGGAUGGAGAAAAUGACGAGGAGGAAAAUGAAAACCCUUACAUUAGACUGAUGACAAGUCCUUUAAUUCUGGAAGGACUUUUAUUAAAGAAUCAAGAAGACAACACCAAAAAAAGCAGCAAAGAAAGUAAAAUCCCGAGAGAAGAGGUUGGAACAUUGAGCAAUUUUCUGUCAGCCGAUAACAAGCAGAACAGUUCCAAUCUUUUAAGACGGUGGUCUUGGCUUAACCCAUUUACUCCUAAGAAUAAGAAAGGAAAGGAACAGAAGAACCAGGAGAAAAAGACAAAGAAAGAGAGACGAGCCAUGUUGUUAUUUUUCCGAUUGUUUGGGAGAUAACAAGGAAAUCUCUUAUGCAAUUUCCACAAAACGAACGGCGAAAUAUGAUGUUAAUUAUGUAUCUUAGAGUAAAAAGUUCUUUUAAAUGUUUGAAGUAAUUAAUGCAUAAUAA